GGCCCAAGCGGCGGGGGCUUCGCACGCGUUGUGAGGCCGCCGGUUAAAAAGGAAAACUUCCAUCGGCGGCUUCGUCGUCGUUGUCGUCGUCGUUGUUGUUGUUCAACCAGUUUACAACAAAUGUGCAAGUUUAAAACAGCUGCUUGAGAGGAGAAACCUCGUGGGCUUUCGACGCAAGCGUCGUUUGCCGGCUGUGGAUCACGAGAAGAGGUGUAGGUAGGUGCUGGUGAUGCCAGGACAGGCGGAUUUGCCCAUGAUGGGCGGCUCUUUCAAUCCAGGGGCCUUCGCGGGCCCUGCCGCCUACACGCCCGUGCUCAUGCCUUUCAAGUUCCGCGAGCGCAGGGAGGCUGUGGACUGGCGGCGUCUGGGCGCGGUGGACGUGGAGCGCGUGGCUCGCGAGGUCGACGUCGCCACGCUACAGGAGUACAUCACGACAGUGACGUACUGCGAUGUGACCAGCGAGCGCUGUGCGCGCUGCCAGGCGCCCGCCGACCCGUUGCUCGUGAAGCUGCUACGGUUGGCCCAGCUCACGGUCGAGUACCUGGUGCACACGCAGGGCUGCCUGGGCGCUGGCGCGCACGCCGCGCACACACGCACGCAGGGUCUAGCGGCGGAGCUGGGCCGUGCCCGAGCCGAAGCGGAACGCCUUGCGGAGGAGCUCAAGGCCGCGCGCGACGAGUGUCGCCGCAGGAAGAAGUUGGUGGCGGCGUUGCAACUCAUGCUGCAGGCCAACGCCAACCACUACCACAAGCCAUGA